AUGGCUCAUACCUUGGUCAAUUAUCCAUUGGGAAAGUCACCAAAUGAUGAGGUGGAUCGUGAGCUAACAGAGCGAGACCUUAUGAUCCGAGAGCUCAAAAGCAACUUAUACGGAUCGAUCAAUCAGAUGAAAGAGUACUAUGAUAAUGGAAGACGAGAGCAGCGAUUCCAACUGGGUAAUUGGGUCUACAUGAAGCUUCGAUACUAUCGUCAACAGACAAUCUCUCUAAAGCCUUUAUUCAAAUUGAGAAGUUUCUACGGGCCAUAUCAAAUUGUAGAAGGUGUAGGUGAAGUGUCUUAUCGACUUGAUCUACCGAAUGAAGCUCAAAUUCACCCGGUAAUUCAUGUGUCCCAAUUGAAGAAGAGCUUGAAUGGAGGUCAAGGCGUUCAAAAUAGACUGUCGGUGGUGACUUUCGAAGGAACUAUGAUUGUUGACAUCGCUGCGACAAUCACAAACUCUCCUGCACCGCCACACACCAGAUACUUCCUCCUUCCCCUUCUUUAUAUAUACUCCACUACCGCCUGGUUUGAAUACCCCUCACGCGGCUUUUCACUUCAGUCGCUUCUGCAAAAAUCUACCGGCGAGAUGCAGAAGGAGAAAGCCUCAUUCGAAACCGCCGUCGCGCCGUCGCCGCGCUUCUCCCGGAGCAUCAAUUCGUUCCUCUCUCCUUCCUCUCCGGCUGAUUAUGAUUACCUGAACUCCGAUGCUGCCUUCUAUUCCUCGCUGUUGUUCCAGAGUUGCUCCCCGAGCUCGAUCUCCGACGGCGGCGGGGACUCCGAGCGCCGCCUCCGCGACUCCAGAUGCAUCCUCGAGUACCAGCAGCUCUACAACCGCUACACGCUGUGCCUCGCGCAGCUCCAGGACGCGAUCGAGGAGGCCGAUGCCCUCCGCCGCGAGAAUGACGAGCUCCGCCUCUCGAACGCCGAUCUCUCCCGCCGCCUCGCCCUGCUCUUCUCUCGCGAUCGGCUGCUGUCGGAGUUCAGCCGCCUCAAUCUCGCCUCCCCUCCGGCCGCUGCUCCGCCUACUCGCGCCGCUUCUCCUCAACUCAGAUCUAUGAUUACUGAUCCAAAUCGGUUCGAUCGGAAGAACACCGAGCGGGUCUCGCUUCCCAAGAGCAUUUCCGUGCGUUCCAAAGGCUAUCUGAAGCUGACUCGGCCGAAUCGCGACACGACUCGCCAGAAAUCACAGCAGCAGCAAAGGGUGUAUGUACCAGGGGCAAAAAAGGAAGAAGAAGCUCUAGAGCUCGACGUGUACAACCAAGGAAUGCUCAAAACCGAGCUGUGCAACAAGUGGCAGGAGACGGGGACAUGCCCGUAUGGGGACAACUGCCAAUUCGCGCAUGGUAUCAAUGAGCUGAGGCCGGUGAUCAGGCACCCGCGCUACAAGACCGAGGUCUGCCGCAUGGUACUCUCCGGAGACAUCUGCCCGUACGGCCACCGCUGCCACUUCCGCCACUCUCUCACUGAGGAGGAGCGCCUCACGCUCAUGGUGGCACAGCCACCUCGUUGA